GUAACCUUCAACAUGCCCACCGAGUUGGAGGAGCCGAUCGCGAAAAAUGCCCUGACAAUGCUCAUCAACCUCUCGGCUGACCAAGAGGUGUUGGCCAACCUUGCGGAUGACGAUACUUUUCUUGAGACUCUCUUUACAAAGGUGACGAACAUCAAGGAGCCGAAUGCGGAUGAUGUGUCGAUGCUUUUCGCCAAUUUGAUCAAGUCGGAGAAAAUGAAGAAACUGCUAACCCUAAAACGAAGGGUUCCAGAGCCGGUGUCCACUUCGCCGAAUGCAAUGGAUCAACUGAUGGAUUGUUUCGUGAAAGGUGCCGAGGGCGCCCUCAACAAAAACGCCACCUAUGACUACCUGUCUUACGUGUUUGCCGACUUGUCGAAGUCUAAGGAAGGUCGGGCGUAUUUUACUUCGCGCCAGGAGUAUGAUGGUGUGGUGCCUGUAACAAAGCUUACUGUUUUCACCGAACAUCAAAGCUCGAUUCGGAGAAAGGGAGUUGCAUCAACAAUUAAGAAUGUCGCGUUUGACAUCCCAUUCCACCCCACCCUUUUCGCUGAAGAUGAAGGCAAUCUCCUCCCUUACAUACUGCUGCCGCUAGCAGGCCCGGAAGAGUUUAGCGAAGAAGAGACAUUGACUAUGCUACCAGACCUUCAGCUGCUACCCCCAGACAAAAAGAGGGAUAGCGACAAUAGCAUUAUUGUAACACAUCUGGAAACGUUACUACUGCUAACAACAACUCGGGAAGGGCGAGAUAGAAUGAGGGAGGUACAGGUCUAUCCCAUCAUCCGAGAAUGUCAUCUGAACGUUGAUGAUGAGGAUGUUCGAGAAGCUUGCGACAGGCUGGUUCAGGUCUUGAUGCGGGACGAGGAGGGAGAAAAUGGUGGACAGCCUGGAGGUACACAGCGGGAACAUGAUGACCAGCAGGUGGUAGAGCUCUUUUGA